AAUCAAUUGAGAAAAGCCAAACAGGCAAAAGUCUUAGUUGAAGAAGUUGAAGCCGAUAUAGACGUAGACGUAGUUGAAUCUAACGCAGAUAUAGCUGAAGCUGACGUAGAUUUAGUUGAAGCUGAUGUAGUCGAAGAAGUAAAAGAUGUAGUAGAAGAUUUA